AUUGGCUUUUCGCGGCCUAAUCUAGGUCAAAUCGCAGCCAAUCACAGGCAGCAAGCGUAUACUUAAUAACCAUGCCGCUGUGCGCUGCGCCUGUCCCGCACGGGUGCGAACGGGCCCGAAACUCCGCACCCGGGCAGCCGAAAGCAGCGCCGCGAGCGCGCACGCCGGCCACGAACAGAGCGCCGCGCUCGCCGCCGGCCACGAAAACAGCGCCACGAGCGCCGCAAGCGCCGCGCGCGCCGGCCACGAACAGAGCGCCGCGCAAGCCGCCGGUCACGAACAACACCAAGUCGCUGGCAGCCUACGCGCGCGACUCCCACUGCGAACUGCUGAUUCUUCCGAUCGUCCUCGCGCACGUCCUGUUCCUGCGCCGCCGCCGCCGCCGCGGCGCGGCCAAGGCACAAGACUCGGAGCUCGCGUACCCGCUGCCCGUGGAGGACACCAAGCCGCGCGCGCGGCCGCGGCCCUGCACGACGUCGCCGCCCGCACCCCAGCGGAAGAAGCUCUGGGACGGCGGCCCGACGACCGCGGCCGUGCACGACGCCGCCGCGGCGCAGGCCGGCCGCGACGCCAAGUCGGGACAAGAGGCGACGGAGCGCCAGCGCGCCGUCGCCGAGAGCGAGAACGAGUUCCUGCGCGAGUUCGAGGCGUUGUUGCGCGGCGGCUUGGACGUGGACGUGCGGCCGUCGGACGAGUGGCGCAAGGCCAACGGGAGCCGCGCGACGGUGGAACACGCGCUGCUCUCGCUCGGCACGGACACGCGCGGGCGCGCGCGCUGCGCCUGGACCGUCGCUGAGCGGGAUACGGCGUUCCUCGUCGCGGAGAUGCGCUGCGUCGCGCGGCCGCUGCCGGCGGAGCUCGGCGAGCUCUCGGCGCGGAGCUUCAUCGUGCAGCACGACGGCGACGCGACGCUGGUCCACUGCCCCUCGGAGGACCUGGCGGACCUUUGUGUCGCGGGCUUCAAUCUUCUUGCUGAUCGCGAGGUUGAAAAAGCGCGCGCGAACGCCUGGAAAAAGGGCAAGACGCCGUCGGCCAAGAAGGCCCUCGGCGACUCCAACUGACUCCCCUGUUUAAUGACGAC